AGGCUGCGCCUCCCCCUUUCCUUUUCUCUUGCUGGCCUCCGCCGCCGCCGCCGGUCCCCGGAGCUCCCGUCAGCCGCCCCCGGGCGUGCGUCCGUCCGUCCCCUUCCUCCCCUCCGUGUGUGCUGACAAGAUGGCGGCGGUGGUGAUGAGCGGCGGGGUGUCGGUGGUGGCCCGGCUGGAGGGCCGAGAGUUCGAGUACCUGAUGAAGAAGCGCUCGGUGACUAUAGGCCGGAACUCGUCGCAGGGCUCAGUGGAUGUCAGCAUGGGGCACUCCAGCUUCAUCUCCCGCCGCCACCUGGAGAUCUUCACCGCCGGGGACGAGGAGGAGGGCGGGGGGGAGUUCUACCUCCGCUGCCUGGGCAAGAAUGGGGUGUUCGUGGACGGCGUGUUCCAGAGGAGGGGGGCCCCGCCGCUGCAGCUGCCCCGAGUAUGCACCUUCAGGUUUCCCAGCACAAAUAUCAAGAUCACCUUCACUGCUCUCUCGUGUGACAAGAAGGAGAAGCAGGAGGCGCCCGAAUCCCCCAUCAAGCCCGUGCAGCCGCAGAUCUCCCCCCUGACCAUAAACAUUCCAGACAACAUGGCUCAUCUGAUCAGUCCUCUGCCCUCCCCCACCGGAACGAUCAGUGCUGCAAAUUCCUGCCCGUCAAGUCCUCGCGGCGCCGGCUCGUCAGGGUAUAAAAUGGGCCGCGUCAUUGCCGCAGACCUCCACCUAAUGACCGACAACUCCCAGCUGGAAAACGACAAAGAAGCCUCUGGUGGAGACAGCCCAAAGGAUGACUCUAAGCCCCCCUACUCUUACGCACAGCUCAUAGUACAAGCAAUCACAAUGGCCCCGGACAAGCAGCUGACGUUAAACGGUAUCUACACGCACAUCACGAAAAACUACCCCUACUACAGGACAGCGGACAAAGGCUGGCAGAAUUCAAUCCGUCACAACCUCUCCCUUAACCGAUACUUCAUCAAAGUCCCGCGGUCCCAGGAAGAGCCCGGGAAAGGUUCCUUCUGGAGGAUAGACCCCGCCUCGGAAAGCAAACUCAUAGAGCAAGCGUUUAGGAAACGAAGGCCCCGGGGCGUGCCGUGCUUCAGGACCCCUCUAGGACCUCUUUCUUCAAGGAGUGCACCAGCGUCUCCCAACCACUCGGGUGUGUUGUCCGCACAUUCAAGUGGCGUCCAGACUCCAGAGAGCCUGUCCAGAGAGGGCUCCCCGAUCCCCAUGGAUCCCGAACCCAGCUCCAUCCAGCCAAAGCUUGCAGUGAUCCAGGAAGCACGGUUUGCACAGAGCGCUCCAGGAUCCCCCCUCUCUAGCCAACCGGUCCUCAUCACUGUGCAACGGCAGCUCCAACAGACGAUAAAACCAGUAACCUACACGGUGGCCACGCCAGUCACCACGUCCCAGCAGACAGUAAUGCAGACCGUGCACGUGGUCCACCAGAUACCCGCCGUCUCGGUCACCAACGUCUCUGGCCUCACUCCUGUCAACACCUACACGGUCAGCGGGCAGGCUGUGGUAGCACAAGCUGCAGUGGUCGCCCAGCCGAAACUAGAGCCUCAAGAGAAUGGAGACCACAAAGAGGUCAAAGUAAAAGUAGAAGCAAUUCCUGCGAUGAAUCACCCAGCGCUCGGCACAGCGAGCCGGAUCAUCCAGACCUCGUCGUCCGCCCCCCUGCAGACAGUCACUAUAGUGCAGCAAGCUCCUCUAGGUCAACACCAGCUCCCCAUCAAAGCGGUCACACAGAACGGGACGCACGUCGUGCCCAUCACCACUGCCAUCCAAGGACAGGUCACUACAGCAAACGCCAACUACUCCAUGAUUGACGGCCACCGACUGUGGAGAGGAAAUGGAGUCCGAGCUGCCGCUAGCCCCCUGCACAUGCUGGCCACCCACGCCUCCGCCUCGGCCUCCCUCCCGACCAAGAGGCAGAACGGAGACCAGAACGAGCAGCUGGAACUGAAGAGAAGCAAAAUGGAAGAACGCGAAGCUCUAGUGAUAUCCGUAAAUGAGAACGCCAAAACGGAGGGAACCGUGGCGUCCAGUGAACAAGUCGGCAACCAAAAAUAGGAAAAUUACCCCCCGCCCCGCACACACACAAAACAAAUUCUUUUUCUUUUCUUCAUUCUUAUCCCCCCCCCCCACCACCAUUUCUGGAAGUGACCUCCUCCAUUUAAAGGAAUACACACACAGUUUCAGAGGUGCCAAAAACAUUUGUAUGAAACUGGGGAGGGGGGAUGGGCCCUGUGACUGUAGAACAGCACUGAAUCGGCGCAGAAGGCCUUACAUCAUGUCACAGAGGUCUUCUACCUGGACACCCUAAGCCGCCCCCUCCCCGCCCACCCGCUGGCAGGAUGUGCAAGGAUCUACCGACGGGAUCUUCAAGUCUGCAAAUUUUUUAAGAGAAUUGUUGGACGCUGUGUGGCCCCUCCCAACUUUUUUUUUUUUUUUAUAUAGGUGUAUAAAGCAUAUUUCUGAUCACUAUGUGCUCAACGUGGACUGGAUCGGGAGUCACAAUUCAGCAUCUGUUCCUUUUUUAAAGGGAAACUAUUCAAAAAUCGGCAGCUAGCCCUCCCCCUGCCCCCUCGGAGUCGCACAAGACGGACCCUCCUCCUCCCUGCAGAAAAAUGACACUGACGUUAAAAAGAAAAUUAAAAAUAACUAAAAAUGUUUCCUUCCCAGCUCAACAAGUGGACGGGUCGUACAUUUCAGAAUUUCCAGCCACUUCAAUAUUUUGAAAAAACCUAAUGUUUUUAGUUUUGUUUUUUUUUUGUUUAAUUUUGAAGAACUGAAUGUAGUUUUUUGUUUUUUUAGUUUUUUUUGUGUCCUUCCGAUGUUACAUUUUUUUUUUUUUUUGGUCCCUUCUAUUUUAGCCUGAUUUUUUAUUUUUAUUUUUCUCCUUACCAUGUGUGGUGAUUAACUCCUUCUUCUUUUUGAGCGUGCAUGUCCCAGAAGGAAGAAAAGAAAAAGAAAAAAUAAUAAUCGUAAGAGACGUUUAACAAAUUGUAUCAAAUCAGUUUUGAUCAGAGCUGCACUUAACUCCCCCCCCCCCCCCCCCCCCCCUUCAUGUUCUGUGCCCCGGCCUAAUUUACCAGCCUUAUCCGGCCUCCCCCCUUACACUGCCCCCUCCCCUGUAAGGUUAAAAA